UGCGCCGCUGGAUGGGUGGUGGCGCGGGGGCGGCGCUCAUGGUGGGCGAGGCGGCGGGCGAGGGCGCGCUCUGCCUGCUGCGACACUUCCUGCUGGAACGCCGCCUCUGGCCCGCCAUCGCCGCCGACAACCUCACCAGGAGGGACUUCGCCGACCUCGUCGCUGAGCACCUGUUAGACUUCGCCAACAUCCGCGACCAGUCGGUGGUGGACGCAGCAGUGCACGAGUAUCGGCCGUGGGGGCAGGCUGGGGGUGGCGGCUUCCGGGAGGCAGCACUGCGCUUCUGCGGGCUGCUGUACGGGCGAGGCCGUGCCGAGCAACUGUCUCGUGCGCUUGCCAAGCGUGGCGCCACCGUCUGGCGCUUCGAGAUGGCGGUGCGGCCUGCACGAUCCCCCCAUCCCACCUUCAUGGGUGCCGUGCCUGGCGACGAGCUACCGGCGCUCUUCCCGGCCGAUGAUGGCAAUGACAAAUCUGAUGAGGAGCGCCACUUGGCCGACGAGAUGCUGCGCAUGUGGGCCAACUUCGUCAAGACUGGGAAUCCAAAUCUAGAUGAAGACAAUUCAACCACCACACAAAUUUGGCCACCAUUUGUUGACAGCUCAAGACAAAUGUACGUAUUCACACUGAAUGGUUCACGAACAAAGAACACUGAAUUCUUGUCACGAGAUGCUGACUUCUGGGGGACAGUCGUUCCAAGUCUGUUACGGGCCUCUCUCAAAAAAGGGUGCAGCUGCGGAAGAAAGAAGAACCAGCCGAGAAUGAGUAUUUGCACAACAACUCGCUGUCCUGCCAUAAGUGUCCUUAUUGCCUUCACUGUCAUCCUUGGGGUAGCUCUAGUCAUGAUUAGCUACUUUUUCCUCCAGUACAUAAGGAAAUCAAAGGGACUGCUUGCCAAUGAACACAUGCCACAGUAGUGAGAAGUCUACCAGAUAGUCCUUCUCUCUGUGUGAUUUCCAGUCUGUUGCAUCCAUCCUCAGAGAUAUUGUAAGAUCUGACCAAUUUAAUGAGAAUGUUAUGUCUGCAGUAGUGUGAAGAAGAUUGAGACAGUGUUAGUCUGAAAUAUGCUACCUACAUGAUGGAUGACUAAUGCAUUGCCGGCCGGUGUGGCCGAGCGGUUCUAGGCGCUUCAGUCUGGAAACGCGCGACCGCUACGGUCGCAGGUUCGAAUCCUGCCUUGGCAUGGAUGUGUGUGAUGUCGUUAGGUUAGUUGGGUUUAAGCAGUUCUAAGUUCUAGGGGACUGAUGAUCUCAGAUGUUAAGUCCCAUAGUGCUCAGAACCAUUUGAACCAUUUUUGAACUAAUGCAUUAGUUAUAUUAUUAUGAGUGACUUAAUAACUAUUACUGCAAGAUGAAUGUUUCAUGGAUAAAAUGUAACAAAGUGAGAUAGUGCUGCUGAAAAUAAAUUGUACACCAUAAUAAAGGCAGAAGGCAACUGCCUCAUUCCAUUCAUUUUGUAAAUGUCUCAAAAUAAACUUUAGUAAUGAAUCUUAACAGUAUUUGAAGAACAAAUAAAAAACAAACACCAUUUGAACAGGCCCUGAAGACCCAACAGUAUAAACCAGCUGCCAUGUCAUCCUCAGACCUGAGGUGUCACCAGGUUCAGAUACAGGUGGACACGUGGUCAGCACACCGCUCUCCCAGCCGUUGUCAGUUUUCGUGACCAGUGCCACUACUUCUCAGUCGUGUAGUUCCUCAUUUGGCCUCACAAGGUGUGAGUGCAGCCAGCUUGUCAACAGCACUCGGCAGACCUAGACAGUGACCGUCCAAGCGCUAGACAAGCAAGACAGUGCUUGAUUUCUAUGAUCUGAUGGGAACCAGUGUUACCACUGUGGCAAGGGCAUUGACAUACUAUUUGAAGAAGCAUAAUGAAAUAUGAAAUACUGGAGCACAGUAAACACACAUGUGGAGGGAAAAAAGGAAGGAAAGAAGAAAAGAAAAAUAUUUUUGGAAUGAAUGGUUACUGACAACUGUACAUUAGCGAUGUACAACAUGCUGUUUGUGAGCAUGCUCCAUAUAAAGUAACAAGGAUUUGGAUAAUUUUUCCACUGCUUGUUUCACUUACAUCCCAAUCUAGAGCUGCUUGCCUAUUAGUUUAACAUAAUCCUUUCUGCCUCCACUGUCCCCCCUCCCACCCUCUGCCAGUAUCAGACUCUGUGCUGUUUUUCACUUGUUUCUUUGCCUUUCUCUAGUUUUCAAUUACAUUUCUUUUGUGUAUUUUCUUUCAAUUUGGCUCUCACCUUUGCCCUGCUGACAUCUAGUACCUUGACUGCAUGUGACAAUUUAAAACUGUGUGGUGAAGCAGGAUCUGAGCAUGUCUCAUGAACCAACUGAAAGCCUCAACUUGCCACAGACUUCUCUCCCUUCCUUUUAAAUUCUGCUGAGUAUCUCCCACUCUCCUGUGAGACUAGUAGCUAUGAGGGUAAGGAUAUACUGGCAAUCUUAUUCACAGCAUUGUGGUUGACACAAAGAAUUAAUUAUCUUGGUCCAAUCUUCAUAAUUAUUAAACAGACUUUCCAAGAGUCCCUAACAGUGUUGACUGACAAAUGCUAUAACAGGUUUCUAAAACGUGGCACAAGUUGCGGAAAUCAAAGGUUAUAAAAUAGCCCUUUAUGAAAAUUUUAUGCUCAGAAAUGGAUAGCAACUGAAGUUACAGAACAUGGCAGUGUUCAUUGGGGUCAGAAAAGUGCUGUGCAUGAGGUGUCGAACUUGGUUUUCUGCCAUUACUAUGUGAGUCUCUGUUUGAAAAUCUGUUACGACAAUUACUAGCAUCAAUUGAAAAAGCUUUGUGGAACACAGUCAUGAUACAUUGUUGAAAAUGUGAACCACAGUCUGUUUGCCCACUAUUACAAUACUUAGAAAUGAAGCAUACUUUUAAAAUCUUUUACUUUUACAUGGAUUUUUGCAACAUACAUCAUUUAAACAUGGGCUGUGAUAUUCUAUUAUGUUUUCAUUGUAAUACUGUUACAUUAUGUUUUCAUUGUAAUACUGUUAUUUGUAGCCUUUAGUGCUGAGACUUAUUUCAAAUUCAAGCAGUUUACACACUUUGGGUAGAAAUGGAAAAUCAGUAAUAUUGCAAACAUUAAAGAACUGUAAAAUUCACAAAACUUGGUGUAUUUAAAUCCAUACAUAAACUAUAUGAGUGUGCCAUUUCUUUCUGAAGAAGGCAUAAAAUAUUUUGCAUGAUCAUUUCACAGUGGCUGUGAGGAAUCACAAAAACAAUUUGUGGGAUAUCAUUAAUUUGAUAUGUUAAAAGUACCUGAAGGCACAGCGUGCAUUUUUAUAUUUAUGUUACUGUAUGUAUGUUCAUAUUGUACAGCAUUUGUUAUGAAAUAAACAUGGCUUCAUACU